AUGGCCGCAGAAACACCCGACGUCCCCCAACCGCGGCUCGGCGUCCCGUCGCGGAACCCGCUGCCCUUGUCGGCUUCGCAGGAGUCGCAGGUGCGAGACAUUUACUAUGCCCGGGUGCGGAAGCAUUGCGCCGAGGAGAUCAAAGCAUUUGCCAACUGCGCUCUCGGCCGAACAUUCAGCGUCACAUUCGCCUGCCGAGCCGAACACACCGCCAUGAACGCCUGCAUGAAGCGCCACGCCACACAAGAAGAACAGGACGCCGCGCGGGAGGAGUGGUUCGCGCUGCGGAUGGAGCGACAGCGGCAGCGCGAGAGGAAAGCCAAGAUGGCGGCGGCCCAGGAGGAGUUUAUGCGCGAGUGGUGGGGGCUGCCGGAGGAGGUCAGGCUUUCGAGGGGGAGAGAAAUGGCGAAGCGAGGGGAGAAGAUACCUCCCAUGAGACCGGAAGGCAGCGAGAAGUGA